CUGCUCACUUCCUGCUUUAUAUCUGCAGUUUCUUAAAAUGUCCAGAUGGCAGUUACAAAGCAAAAUGAACUUAAAUACUCUUUAAACAGGCACAACCGUGAACUGCUCUUCUCUCCUCAGAAGACUCGACGAUGACUCGCUCCCUUAAUAAUUAUCAGACUGUUAUGAAAUAUCAUGCUCUCUGCCAAAAUAUCUCUGAGUUUGUCUGUCUGAUCCAUAACCUACAGUAGAUGGAGCUAAUGCUCUAUGUGAGAAUACAAGCUGCCAAUAGAAAAGAAGAAGAAGAAGAAGAGUCUUCUGAGGAGAGUUCAGCAGCUCCCGGUAUUUCUCAUAUUUACACAACUAUCAAACACACUUUAUACAGUCUGUUUAAGCCACAUCUUACAGACUCAUGUCUGUGCUGUUUUCAUCCGGUUCAGCGCUACUUGUGCGUCUUUUCUGGCGUCUUCUUUCAGUGCAGCAGCAUGCAGAUCAGCUCCUCCCACAGCAGUUCACCAAUAAAUGCUGGAAUAUUCCCAUCAGUUUACAAGUGAAGACGAGCAUCAAAUCAUCAGGAAGAUCUGAAAUCUGCAAAGACUGAGUUUAUUAAAGAGGACAGAGAGAAGAUGAGAGAUCCAGAACCCUGCAGAAUCAAACACACUGAAGAUACUGAAUGGAAGAGAAAGAGGAGUGAAGAACUGAGUGAAGUGGAAGAGAAACAUGACGACAAACCUGGAGAAAAACAUUUGAGUCUCUCAAAGACUAAAAAUACAUUUUUAAAGAAAAGAAGAGCCAAGAAAUCUUUCACCUGCUCUCAGUGUGGAAAGAGUUUGUCAAGGAAAUAUAAUCAAGAGAUUCACAUGAGGAUCCACACUGGUGAGAAACCGUUCACUUGUGAUCAAUGUGGGAAGAGUUUCACACAAAACAUACACUUUAAAGGACACAUGAAGAUCCACACUGGAGAGAAACCAUUCACAUGUGAUCAAUGUGGAAAGAGUUUCUCAGACAAAGCAAAUCUUCAGGUUCACAUGAGAAUCCACACCGGAGGGAAGCUGUUCAGAUGUGAUCAGUGCGGAAAGAGUUUGUCUAACAAACAAAGUCUUGAGAUUCACGUAAGAGUUCAUACCGGAAUAAAGCCGUUCAUGUGUGAUCAUUGUGAAAAGCGAUUCUCAAGCAAACAAAAUCUUCAUGUUCACUUAAGAAUUCAUACUGGAGAAAAACCAUUCACAUGUGAUCAGUGCGGGGAGAGCUUCACACAAAAACCAGGUCUAAUGGGACACAUGAGGAUCCACACCGGAGAGAAGCCAUAUGUAUGCAAACAAUGUGGAAACUAUUUCACGUGCAAACAUAAUCUUGAUGCACACGUGAGGAUCCACACCGGAGAGAAGCCGUUCACUUGUAAUCAGUGUGGGAAGAGUUUCAGACACAAACAAAAUCAUGAGAUUCACAUGAGAAUUCAUACCGGAGAGAGACCGCAUGUGUGCCAUCAAUGUGGGAAAGGUUUCAUCCGAUCAGCACACCUUAAAUCACACAUGAAAAUCCAUACUGGAGAAAAGCCAUUCACAUGUGAUCACUGUGAAAAGAGAUUCUCAGGCAAACAAAAUCUAAAGAGUCACAUGAGAAUCCACACGGGAGAGAAGCCGUUCACAUGUGAUCAGUGCGGCAAAACAUUUCCUAGGGCAUCAAUCCUGAAGGCACACCUGACAGUUCAUACGAAGGAGAAGCCACAUGUAUGUUCUGAAUGUGGAAAGAGUUUUUCACUGCUGCAAACUUUACAUACACAUGAGAAAAUUCAUACUGGUGUGAGAGAGUACAUGUGCUUUGAGUGCGGGAAGACUUUUACAUUUGCGAACAGUUUAAAACAGCACCAGAUUAUUCACACUGGAGAAAAACCUUAUAAGUGUUCACACUGUGACAAGAGAUUCCGUCAGUCAGGAGACCUGAAAAAACAUGAGAGGAUUCACAGCAGAGAGAAACCUUAUAAGUGUUCACACUGUGACAAGAGAUUCAGUCAGUCAACAAAUCUGAAAACACACGAGAGGAUUCACACUGGAGAGAAACCUUAUAAGUGUUCACACUGUGACAAAAGAUUCAGUCAGCCAGGAACUCUGAAAACACAUGAGAUGAUCCACACUGGAGAGAAACCGCAUACGUGUGAUCAGUGCGGGAAGAGUUACGCUAUUAAAAAUUACCUGAAGAAACACAUGAAGAUCCAUGCAAUGGAGAAAUCAGAUCACCGCAGUUUGAAAUCGCGCUGUUUUUCAAAGGCAUUGCCACCUGUCUGUCAGAGUGAGGAUGAUUCAGGCAACAGAGAUCCUGAAUCUGAUGCGACACUGAUGAAGGUCAGAUCUGAUGCUCCUCAUUCACUCCUCCAGACACCAAAUCAGCAGUUCCAUCACAUCAUCAUUCCCUAAAUGAAGCUGCUGCUCAUGUAUUUAAUGUUGUUUCUGCAUAUAAAGAGCAGUAAAACGGUGUCAGCUCCAGCUCAACACGUGACGACUCCUGUUGUGUUCAGAUCAGCACUGAAAGAGGAGUCUGGUUUGAUUCUUUUGCUCUCUAAAGCCACUUUUCAACCGUCCGACCAAACCAUUCUCUUUGCUUAAUCUCUGCUGUUGUUUGGUCAUUUUUGACCUAAACACUUAAUGUUUAUUAUUUUUUACUUAAUUGGAAUGGUACGGUUUUGGCACUUGCUAUGUGAACACACACAUGGACAUGAUUCAAAAAGGUCAAGUGAUCUUGAAAAAAACAGUCACACUUGUACUGGUCACAGUCAAAAAUAA